CAUGGCGACCAGGGCAGCGGCGGCGGACCGAGAGCGGGGGAGCGUGGUGUCAAUGCUGCAGGAUGAUGACAAAAUUAAUAGAGAUGAAGAAGAAAUGGCUUGGAAAUUUCUAUCGCUUGCUGAGAUCAGCAUUAUGUUGGAACAGGAUAUCGCAGGAGUUGAGAAGAGUUUGGAAGAGUUUCUGAAUCUGAAGCAUCGAUUGACAUCUUUGACAGAAGCUGCGCUACUGGAUUAUUACGUCUCUGGAUUUUGGUGGGCCAAAGGAUCGGAGUUCUCAUCUGUGCAGAUUGGAGGAUUCCUGACUCUUCUCAACUUAUUGCUGGAUAAUCUGGAGACCUAUCACAUGAGCCUGGAAGAGAACAUCCAGGAACUAGCCAGCGCCAUGGCUGGCAUCGGGCUGAGCAAUUCAGAGAUAAGUGGCGGGUUUGAGUUCUUCACCGUCGAUCAAGCCAAAGCCAUCAUCAACUAUGUGAAGAGCAGUUUAUUCCAACAUUAUACACUGUACAAAUAUCUUUUCCACAGUCCCAGGGAAGAACUUGUGAUUGGAGAUGAG